AUGUCAUCAUGGAUAUCACGAAGUGAAGAACGUCAAAGACGUCUACGUUUUAUUAUUCAGGAACGUCGUUAUCGAAAAGAAGGAGAUAUGAAACGAACUGAAGUCUUACAUUCAGUUGUAUCAAAUAAUUUUUCGAAACGACCAUCUAUAUCUCACUUGGAUCAGUCAUAUAAAAAUCACUUUGAUAAUGGAAUUCAUUCAAAUGGUGAUAGUGGAACUUGUUGCUUUGAUCGUUCAGUUAUUGGAUCUGUACUAACAAACAGAAACAACAGUAAUAAUUAUUUUAGAACAGCUAAUUCUGACAAGGUUCUUCAACGUAAUUUCAUAAAAAAUCCCAGUCGAAAAUCACAACUUAGUGUUAGAUAUGAUCGAAAACAGUUAAUACAAGAAGAACAUCGACCUAGAUUAUAUCAUAAUUCUAUACAGAACCAAGUUAAUCAACAAAAAAUUAAAUUGGCCCAAUUACGUGUUAAUCGACUCCGAAUGAAAAUAUACAGUGAAAAAAUUCUACGUUCUGUACUUCAUGGUAAUUCAUCAUCAAUAAUAUUUAAAGAAAUUUAA